GUAUUUUCUGCUGGUCAUUAGCGCGAUUCAAGCGACACAUGCUGAAUAUGCCUGCAUCUGUUUUUACAACGUGGAUUUACCGGUAUUUUUGCAGAUGUCGACCAGAAGUACCUAUCUUGGAUCCAUGUUCAAAUACGACUGUAGAGCGAGAGUAAAUAUCACUGCAGGAAACCCACACUGGCUCGCCCUGCAGUUUGACGAGCACACGAUUGGUUACGUCGAGAACACAGAGGGGGUAAGAAUUCAGACCUGCCCUGGUUCCCCUCUCGUGACCACAACAUCGGCCCCUUCACCCAGCAACAGUGUGAGCGUUGUGGCGCACACUAUCACAAUAACGGGGAUGAUGACAACAUCGACACCACCUUCUAAUCCUUCUACUACCUCAACAACAGUACCAAUAACAACAGAGACCACCCCGUCACCAAUCACAACAACGACUACAGUCACAACCUCAACAGAAAUGACGACUCCUCCAUCACCAACAGCCACUACUUCAGCUCAAACUCCUGUUCCAUAUACAGAAUCUACAAUUAAGUCAUCGACUACAUCAUCUACCUUAACAACAACCACCACCGUUAUGGAUUCCACCGUUGCAACUUCCGCCAUUCCAGGAGUUCAGUAUGGAUGUGCUGAAAAGUAUUUUCAACAUGCUAUAACCUUCCACGGCCAACUGUUUACUAUGGACAACACAUGCUAUGAAUUGGUCCAUACACCAACAUCAUGGACGUCUGCUGAAGGCGAUUGUCAGAGAAGAGGGGGACACCUUGUACAUAUCAAUAACGAUAAUCAACAGAAUCGCCUUUACGACGUUGUGAAGCAGUACCAUCAUAACCAUGUCUGGAUUGGUCUCAACGAUCGCGCUACAGAGGAGCAUUUUGUUUGGAGCUCAGAAUCUCCCGUGAACUACACACAUUGGCAUCCAGGUAGGGAUUCUCUACUACCCGAGAUUCUCCUUCACGAAGACUGUGUCAGAAUAGAUAUGGCGUAUAAUGGACAAUGGGAAGAUACGCCUUGUGGAGAUGACUAUGGUUACAUAUGCGAAUUUGCAACAAGUUUGUUAGCAGCCACCACCACUGCUGUACCAAAUACCCAACUUGACACUGACGGCGAUGUUCACGUUUGUCCUAGCCGAGUGCAGUAUUACGCCCAGACAAACCAUUUAACCGUUGGACAAUUCAACCAAAGCUGCUACGAACUGCUCAAAACCACGAUGACCUGGGGUAACGCUGAUGAUAUCUGCCGAAGGUCAGGCGGCCAUCUUGUGUCCAUCAACGACGCCACUGAGCAACAAUACAUCCAGGGCUUCAUGAUGCGACAUGAUCCACGAUCCACGGUGUGGGUCGGAUUAUUUGACAAAGGAUCUGAAGGCGUCUACCACUGGCUCUCUGGUGAAAAGGUUACCUAUACCAACUGGGUGAGUGGCCAUGUUGACCAUGGCUCUAAAGACUGUGUGAUCUUGGACCCGGCGAGAGGGGGUGUCUGGGACGACGGUGAUUGUUCUCCCGGUUUGUUCAUGUUCGGUAAUGGAGAAAACCAUCACUACGGGCUCUGUGAAUUUAAACUGCAGUCGGAAUCACAACACUCGGCAGUUCUAGUCGGCUGAUUCAUUAAUUUAUAAAGGAAAUAACAAGAUAUGUUCUAUGUUAUACAUUUAAAUAAAGAACACAUAAC